GCGGGUCGUGCGAGCAGCACUUUGAUCCUCCAUGGCUGGUGCAGCACCGAGGUGUGAGCGCAGCCAGAGCUGCAGGGAGGGGCUCCCUUUGGGCACAGCACCACGGGCAGCGGUGCAGGAGCGCGGCUGGGAUGGAGCCAUCCCCACUCACCUCGUCUCAGGGGUGCCCGUGUGCUUUGCGCUCAGUCAGCAGCCAAAAGCCAAAGGUGUGCUGCCAUUAGACAAGGCAGUGCGUGGUGUUCGUGCAGGGGGAUGGCACGCAGUGCUUUGGAAAGGGGCGUUUUGGGAGUGGGUGUCAGCGGUGCCGCUGUAGGAGCACGGGGUCGCGUGCAUUGCUCUCCUCUGCACGGAUCCCGGUGAGCUCGCCCUGCCGAGCCCCAGUGCACCACAGCUCCUUCCCUUCAGCCAAGUCUUUAGAAAUUUAUAGAGCAGAAAGCAGCGUCGGGCUGGGAACACUCAUCCUGUGCUGCAUCGAUGGCUCUGCUGGGGCUGCACGUGGGAGCAGCACAGCCAGCGGCCGUCCCAAACCCAGGGCAGCAGCAGGACCACCAUGCACAGCGCAGCGCAGAGCUGGGCCCCUGCUCCCCGCACCACCUGAAGCCAUCGCCAGCUGCUCACCUCCAUCUGCAUCCCCUGGCCUCUCUGAAGGUUCCCAGCUCCCUUUUGUGCCCGGAUAACCUGAUUUUGAAGAGCUAACCUGCUCUCAGCAUCAGCCCACCGUGGGAUUGCUCACAGCUUUGUGCGCCGCAGCAGCUUUGGGUUUUGCAGCUACUGACAGCACCGAGUCCGGAGGAGCAUCCAAACCUGGAGCUGAGCCCCGUGCAAACCCAUGGACCGACCUCAGCACUGAUGCAUCAUCACUGUGCAAGGCUCUGCUCUUGGGGCCCCAUUCUCCUGAUCCAGCUUUGUUUCCUCAAAUGCAACAAGGACCGAGAGCAGCGUGACACCCACCCGUGUCCCACCUCGGCAUCUGCAGGAGCUUGCGAGCAGAAGCAAGCGAGGAUGGUGCCAGGCACUCACAGACUCGGGGGCAGCAGGCACUGGGCCCUGUGGCACAGCACAGUUGGGGACGUGCCCACCCCAGCUGCUGCUCUCAGGGUUAAACCCGGGAUUGCGGCCAGGGGCAGUGUUGCAAGCAGGAAGCGCUGCGGUCGGCGCCCGGCUCCGAAAUUCGUGGGCCGGGGGAAGUUGGCUGGAGGCCGCUUUCCUCUUGCAGCCCAGGGGCAAGGAUGGGGGGAGCAGGGGACAUCGGUGCCGCUGCGUUUGGCUGCGGGCGGUGCUGGUGCUGGGCAUCGUGGCCACACCAGAGUGCAGGGUCCAGCACUUUGCCUUCCUAAUUCUGUCCUGGCCACCCACUUCCUGCGUGGGCUGGGCUCUGCUGGCGGCUGGAGGAGGCGAUAGCACAGCACGGCGUCCUGCAGCAGUGGUUUAGUGCCGGGUGGCACGGUGCACGCUGGCCGUGGUGCCUGGCGCCUGGCAUAGCCGUGCCCUGAGCACAGGAUGCACCGCCGCACGAUCAGGGCAGAAUCGCACAAAGGAAGGGAAGGAGCAGAGGUGUGGGAUGUGGGUGCCCACAGAGGGAGUUUGGUGGCCGGGAGGUCAGGGGUCAGGGUGAGGUGGGGCUGCAGCCCCAUGCCCCGCCGCCCGUUACUACCUUUCCAUCUGCCCGUUAGGAACGAGGACCGGGAGCGAGCGUGGAGGGCGUCCCGGGAGACCAAACUGGAGACCAUCCCAAACUGUGAAGCGUGCUCCAAACCCACCACGGAGGAGGUGCGGGGCUGGGCGCAGUCCUUCGACAAGCUGAUGAAGAGCCCGGCGGGACGCAACGUCUUCCGGGAGUUCUUGCGGACUGAGUACAGCGAGGAGAACAUGCUCUUCUGGCUGGCGUGCGAGGAGCUCAAAACCGAGUGCAACAAGCACACCAUCGACGAGAAGGCCAGGACCAUCUACGAGGACUACAUCUCCAUCCUCUCGCCCAAGGAGGUGAGCCUGGACUCUCGGGUGCGGGAGGUGAUCAACCGGAAGAUGCAGGAGCCGUCCUCGCACACUUUCGACGACGCUCAGCUCCAGAUCUACACGCUGAUGCACAGAGACUCCUACCCUCGCUUCCUGAACUCUGCCAUAUACAAAUCGCUGCUCCAGAGCGUCUCCCGCUCCUCCUCGGAGUCCUAAAGGCUGCGGGGACACCGGCGGGGAUGCGGCACCCGGAGGGGGGCACACCCCAGCUCCCCUCCGC